AUGGCGGCCGUUGCAGACGGAGAGCAAGUGUACGCGACGCUUCUAUUGACCGACUCGUAUCUCCCAGGUGCCCUUGUCCUUGCGCAUUCUCUCCGAGAUGCAGGUACUGCGCGGAAGCUCGUCGUCUUCUUCACCCUCGACAGCGUCUCCGCCGACUCCAUCACGCAGCUCCGGGCCGUCUUCGAUCAGGUCAUACCCGUCCCUAGAAUCCGUAACGAGCACCGCGCCAACCUCUACCUUAUGCACCGUCCCGAUCUCGACUCUGCAUUCACAAAGAUCAAUCUCUGGAAGCAGACCCAAUUCUCCAAGAUUAUAUACAUAGACGCCGAUGUCGUCGCCUAUCGCGCCCCGGAUGAGCUCUUUGCGCUCCAGCACUCUUUCGGCGCCGCGCCAGACAUUGGGUGGCCGGACCUAUUCAACACUGGUGUCAUGGUAUUGGUUCCCAAUUUGGGAGACUACUAUGCUCUUCUGGCCAUGGCGGAGCGCGGCAUCUCCUUUGACGGUGCAGACCAGGGGCUGUUGAACAUGUACUUCAAAAACACAGUGCAUCGCCUUUCCUUUACCUACAACGUCACACCUUCCGCGCAUUACCAGUAUCUGCCAGCAUAUCGUCAUUUCCAGUCUAGCAUCAACAUGGUGCAUUUUAUCGGCCCAAACAAGCCUUGGUUCGAGGGCCGUCAUGCGUCGCAUGGAGCCUCUCCGUACGGUGAGAUGGUGGGCAGGUGGUGGUCAGUCUAUGAUCGCCAUUACCGUGCACAGCAUGAAUGGGAUCAAUCAAGAGGCGACAGCGAACCCGCGCAACCGAGUAUCCAAGUCCACCUUGCUCCCCAACAGCAGCAGCAGCAGUCGCCACACCAAAACAUUACAGAGCCUUUGCCUCAGAUACAUGUACAAGAGCCGACGCAUCAGCACGAGACCAAAAAGAAGUCUCAUUCGCGCAACCAGAGCUGGGACGCUCAGCGACAGCCUCCCCCAAGAGAUUCGAGGCCAGAAGCCCAAAACUUUCCAAAUACCCAUUACGCCAUGUCCCAGGAUGUCAAGCCAUUUGUCCCUCCCGCAAGAUACCCGAGUCCGCCCAAAGACAUGUGGUACGAGGUUCCGAAAGAGCGUCCCGCACCGCCAGCGCAGCCGCCAAAGCCCGUGUUUCCCUGGGAAGGCCAACAACCUCAGGCAUCACGGUCAUUUCCUGCUGCACCCGGCGAGCUACCAGCUGCUGAAGAAGACGCCAAGGACAAAGAGACUCGGGCAGCAACGCCACAGACUACCGCUCCCGCCAUUGACUCAUCUCCUACUAAGCCUGCAACUUCCCCCAGCGUUUGGAGCUCUUUCACUGUGGUCAAUGCGUGGGACGAUGUUCCCGAGAUUAGUCGUUACGUCGAGCGCACCAGGGGCCAUCGCCGAGGCAAGAGCUCUCAGGUCAGUCUACCAGGGCUCAAGGCUGGAAAUGUGCUGCCCGAGUCAGCUUCUCCAAAGAGGCUCAGCUUUCCAGGCCUCAAGCUCACAGACUUUCCCACCGAAACCGAGCGACCCAGCUUGCCUGUUACACCCGCGCCCGUCCGUCGCCCGUCAUUCUGGGGCGAGGACGGAGAAAAUGCCAGGACUAAAGACGCCAUCGCCCAAACAACAGUACCUACUGCAGACGGUGUACCUGCACAAUCCGAAUGGAACCCAGGAGAGCAGCUACAGAAACUCGCCGCUCAGCACUCCGACGAGCUGCUGCGGCGACUCUCGGGCGCCGACAGCGACUCUCUCGGCAUGUUCAACGAGUCUCCGCCACCUGCUCCUGCUGCGCCGACGAGCAGCCCCGGCGUGCUCAGCCCGAAGCCCAUCAAGGCCGACGGGGUCGCGCCCAAAGGCUCUCUCGACACCACACACCUAGCAGCCGCCGCCAAGCAGACUGACUGA